AUGGUUGUCUUCAAACUAUACAAAUUGUGUCUACUUCUAUUCCCGCCGUUAAUAGCUGCGCAUGCCGGGGAGCAUGAUCAGCAGGAGAGUGUCAGUGACACUACCCAGAAUUAUGCCCUAAAACACAUGGCGUCCGAACAUCACAUUGAUUCAUUCGACGUUGGCGCUUUUUUUUCUCUGCACGACUUGGAUCGGAAUGGUGUGCUGGACGCCGCUGAAAUUGAGGCUAUCUACGGUGUCCACCACACGGACUCCCAGAAGAAAUCUCCUAGCGAGGCCGUCCAUGCUGCCAAGGCUCAACGAAUUGUCCGAGAGGUUCUAGCCAAGAUCGACACCAACCGCGAUGGGGUCAUCUCAUUGGAAGAGUUCGAAGCUGCUGGAUUGGCCGCACUUCCGGACUAUAGCAAUCUUGGCGCUGAGGGACAUCACUACGAUGAAGAGAGCGAGUUCUUCUUGCACCACGAAGAACAAUACCACAACACUCCGGAAACACAAACGGAUGAAUCCUACAACCAUCCUGAGGAUACCGAACACUUCAAGCAUCAUGAGAGAAUUGAACUCGAGGAGGAGAACCGAGAGCGCGAAUUCCAAGGUUUGCCGACACUAAGCCCAGAAGAAGCCAAAGCCCUCCACGACAAACCACCUUCAGCGAAAGUAUUGCCUGCGUCCAGUGAGACGACAGGUCAGCCUUCAAAAUCUGGGCCCAAGUUUAUUCGACCCAAAAAGGAUCCCAAGGCUGGUUACCUCAACAUCGUCAAGGAAGCGCGAGACAAGCCGGAAUGGGGUCAGGGUGCAGAAGGGUAUCGACCGCCCAAGACUCCUGCUGAAAAGUUGAGGAAGAAUGCGCCGUACAAAUACAAAUUCCGCCGUAAUUGGGGCGAUUUUUAAGUUACGUUGGCUGGCUUCCGACUAAUGAAACAUGAAAAGGGAUCGUGUGCCCUUGUACGGAUAUCCUACUUAUACUAUCUAAAUGCUGAAAUUACAAUGGUCCGAGUUCUACAUGGAAUGCAACUCCUACUCUGGUUCAUUCGCUUUUGGCACUUGUCCGAUUCUAGCCUUAUCAUAAUUCUGCACAAACCACGCUGC